AUGAUCAAGCAAUCUAUAGGUUUUAAUUGGGGCUCUGCAGCUGCAAGUUGUGCAAUUUGGAAAGGCGUCCCGUUAAACUAUAUUUUAAAAUUAGCUGGUGUUAGUCUUAAAGAUUGUGUCAAUGGUCCUCUUUAUGUUUGCUUUUCUGGCGUUGAUACAUUACCUAAUGGUUAUUAUGGUACAAGCAUUCCUUUAGAAUGGUCUCUUAAUGAUGUUAAUGAUGUUAUCUUGGCUUAUGAAAUGAAUGGUGAAAGAUUAACUCCUGACCAUGGUUAUCCACUACGUGUAAUAAUUCCUGGAUGUAUUGGUGGUAGAAUGGUUAAAUGGCUUUCAAAGAUAACUAUAAGCAAUAAAGAAUCUGAUAGUUAUUAUCAUUAUCAUGAUAAUCGUGUUCUUCCUCCUGAAUUCGAUGCUGAACGUGCUACUAAAGAAAAAGUAUGGUAUAAUCCGAAUUAUAUUAUCAACUAUCUCAAUAUUAAUUCAGUCAUAACUUCUCCGGCACAUAAUGAAUGUAUUCCAUUGUCAAGCUUUUUGAAUAAUCAAACGUAUACUCUCAAAGGUUAUGCUUAUACUGGAGGUGGUCAUAAGAUUACACGUGUUGAAAUCUCUUUAGAUAAUGGUAAAACUUGGCUUCUUUCUAAAUUAGAUCAACCUGAACUUGAUCAUCCCGUUGUUCUUAAGAGAGGAGUAAAUCCAAUUCCUAGAUAUUGGUGUUGGAGUUUUUGGUCUUUAAUUAUACCAUUUCAUUCUUUCAUUCGAUGUGAAGAAAUUUCUGUUAGAGCUUGGGAUUCUACUCAAAAUACUCAACCUAGAAAUCCAACUUGGAAUGUAAUGGGAAUGAUGAAUAACUGUCAUUUUCGUGUAAAGGUUAAUACAAUUGCUCAAGGAAAUGAAUUCCGUUUAGUAUUUGAACAUCCAACACAACCUGGAAAUCAAGCUGGUGGCUGGAUGAUUAAAUCUCCUCCAAAAUUAAUAACCGCGAAACCUCCAGGUGUUUCUACUAUCGAUAGUAAAAUUCCUACCUUUACUAUUAAUGAGGUUGCUAAACAUAAUAAUGAAAAAGAUUGCUGGAUUGUAAUAAAUAAAAAAGUUUAUAAUUGUACAGAAUUCUUGAAAAAACACCCUGGUGGUACUGCUGCUAUACUUAUCAAUGCUGGGAAAGAUGCCACAAUUGAAUUUAAUGAAAUUCAUUCCACAAAGGCUAGAGAGAUGUUAAAAGAUUUUUAUAUAGGUAAUCUGGCAACCCUUAAACCAAAAUUAUAA